AUGGAAGAAGCAGUGAGCCAAAUGGAGCCCUUGAAUGAAAAGCAGGUGUCAAACUCUGCAGAUGGAUAUGUAUGGCAAGUUACCGACAUGAAUCGAUUGCGUCGUUUCUUGUGUUUUGGUUCUGAAGGAGGUACUUACUACAUCAAGGAACCAAAACUGGGGUUUGAAAAUGCUGAUGCACUGCUUAGGCUUAUUGAAGAUGGCAAAGGCUGUGAGGUGGUACAGGAAAUAAAGACGUUCAGCCAAGAAGGGAGAGCAGCAAAGCCAGAACCUAUAUUGUUUGCACUUGCGAUUUCAUCACAGUGUUCUGAUGCAAAAACAAAACAAGCCGCUUAUAAGGCUGUCCCUGAAGUCUGCCACAUACCAACUCAUCUUUUCACUUUCAUCCAGUUUAAAAAGGAUCUCAAGGAGGGCAUGAAGUGUGGCAUGUGGGGUCGUGCUUUGAGAAAAGCGAUUGCGGAUUGGUACAAUGGAAAGAAUGGCAUGGCUGUUGCAUUAGCUGUUACAAAGUACAAGCAAAGAAAUGGCUGGUCUCAUAAAGAUCUUCUCAGGUUAUCCCACCUAAAGCCUGCAAAUGAAGGCCUUGCUGUAGUCACAAAGUAUGUAAUGAAAGGGUGGAAGGAAGUCCAAGAGGUAUAUAAAGAUAAUAAGCUUUCUGCUGAGACUGAAAAACUGUUAAAAUAUUUGGAGGCAGUGGAGAAGGUGAAGCAUACAAAGGAUGAAUUGGAAGUGAUUCAUUUGAUAGAAGAGUAUGAUUUAGUCAGGGAACACCUCCUCACAAGCCAUUUGAAAUCUAAAGAGGUAUGGAAAGCAUUGUUGCAGGAGAUGCCUUUAACAGCAAUAUUGAGGAAUCUAGGAAAGAUGACAGCAAAUUCUGUACUUGAACCAGGAAGCCCAGAAGUAACAAUUGUUUGUGAAAGACUAAGAAAUGAAAAACUCCUUAAAAAGGCUCGAAUUCAUCCUUUCCAUAUAUUGGUUGCACUAGAAAACUAUAAGGGAGAACGAGGUUAUCGGGGAAAACUUUGCUGGCAACCUGACAAGGACAUUUUGGAAGCUCUUGAUGCUUCAUUUUACAAAACCUUCAAGACAAUAGAGCCAACAGAGAAGCGUUUCUUGCUUGCAGUUGAUGUCAGUGAUUCUAUGUUGCAAAAGGUUUUUGGCAGUGUGCUGAAUGCUAGAACAGUUGCUGCAGCAAUGUGUAUGAUUAUUGCACACACAGAAAAAGAUUACCAUAUUGUUGCCUUUUCACAUGAAAUGGUCCCUUGUCCUGUGACUGAGGACAUGACUUUACCUCAAGUAUUACAGAAGAUUUCUGAGAUUCCAAUGGGUCCCACCAAUUGUUCUCUUCCAAUGCUGUGGGCUCAAAAAAAUGGAGUAGCUGUUGAUGUCUUUAUCGUGUUCACAGAUAAUGAGACCUUUGCUGGAGAUACUCAUCCUGCCAUAGCCUUGAGGAAGUAUAGGGAGGGAAUGAGUAUUCCAUCCAAACUUAUAGUUUGUGGAAUGACAUCCAGCAGCUUUACUAUUGCAGACCCUGAUGACAGAGGAAUGCUGGAUAUAUGUGGCUUUGACAUGGGAGUACCAGAUGUCAUUCGAAACUUCACUUUGGAUCUGAUUUAAAUCUGAGCCCCUGCCUUAUUGAAUUGAUACCAGCUUGAAAACUUUGAUC